GGGCAGCACGCGCCACCGCGGACACGCAGCCCCGACAUCAAGUUAACGCAAACUUUCCCCGCGUUCAUCCCUGGAUUUUAGGAGCAUUGUGUCAUAAUCCUCUCCAGAUGUGCGAUGUGUGAUCUCCGGUGAUCUGGUGGAGCUCAAUCACGCAAUCGCGCGCGCUCGUGGGGAUCGGCCACGGUGGUCAGACAGAGCAAAACAAAAGGAGCUGCACGAUAAAUCAAUCCGGAGGAAGUGGAGAUCAGAAGCUUGGACGCGUCCGAGACUGCGUGAAAGCGCAGCACUUCCGGAUAAGAAGCUGUGCGUGACAUCUCCCGCAGCUCCCCGGCGCUUCCUGAUCAGAUCUGAUUGCACGUCCUGAAACCCCAGAGUCUCCACUUCACCAUGUCCAUGUUGAGAGACGGAGCCGAUGUGUCCAGGAGCUCCCCGACUCCCAGGCUGUGUGGAGUGCUGUGUCCGCUCGACUCGCUGUGGACCGACGCGAAGAAGACGGAGGGACAGCAGCGGAGCUCCAGCACCGACAACAGGAAGGUGGAGAUCCGCAGGAGCGCUGGCAAAGAGCUGCUGCAGAACCUCAAUGACCAGAGUGAGCGUUUGCUAAUUAAAGGAGCGAAGAUUGUGAACGAUGACCAGUCUUUCUCCGCAGACAUCUACAUGGAGGAUGGACUCAUCAAGCAGAUUGGAGAGAACCUGAUCGUCCCAGGCGGGGUGAAGACCAUCGACGCUCAUGGCCGCAUGGUGAUGCCGGGCGGUAUCGAUGUCCACACUCGCUUUCAGAUGCCUGACCGAGGCAUGACGGCAGCUGAUGACUUUUACCAGGGCACCCGGGCGGCAGUGGCAGGAGGAACCACCAUGAUCAUCGACCACGUGAUUCCGGAGCCCGGCACCGGCCUGAUAGCGGCGUUUAAUCAGUGGCGUCAGUGGGCCGACAGUAAGUCGUGCUGCGAUUACUCGCUCCACGUCGAUAUCACUGAGUGGCACAAAGGCAUCCAGGAGGACAUGGAGACACUCGUCAAGGACCAUGGUGUUAACUCUUUCCUGGUCUACCUGGCCUACAAGGACGUCUUCCAGCUGACCGACUCCCAGAUCUACGAGGUGUUCAGCGUGAUCCGAGACCUCGGCGCCAUUGCACAGGUCCACGCUGAGAACGGAGACAUCAUCGCAGAGGAGCAGCGUAGAAUCCUGGAGUUGGGAAUCACCGGCCCGGAGGGACACGUGCUGAGCCGUCCAGAGGAGGUGGAGGCCGAGGCGGUGAACCGCUCCAUCACAGUGGCCAAUCAGACCAACUGUCCUCUUUACAUCACCAAGGUGAUGAGCAAGAGCGCCGCUGAUGUCAUCGCCCAGGCCAGGAAGAAAGGCACUGUGGUGUACGGGGAGCCAAUCACGGCCAGUCUUGGCACAGACGGCUCGCACUAUUGGAGCAAAAACUGGGCCAAAGCUGCAGCGUAUGUGACCUCGCCGCCCCUGAGUCCGGAUCCCACUACGCCCGACUAUCUCAACUCCCUGCUGUCAUGUGGCGACCUCCAAGUGACGGGCAGCGCCCACUGCACCUUCAACACCGCGCAGAGAGCCGUGGGGAAAGACGACUUCACCCUCAUCCCUGAGGGAACCAACGGCACAGAGGAGAGGAUGUCCAUCAUCUGGGACAAAUGUGUGGUGUCUGGGAAGAUGGAUGAGAACCAGUUUGUGGCCGUGACCAGCACAAACGCAGCUAAGAUCUUUAACCUGUACCCCCGUAAGGGCCGCAUCGCUGUGGGAUCAGACGCAGACCUGGUGCUGUGGGACCCCGACCUCACCAAGAUCAUCUCGGCCAAGAGCCACAAUCUGGCGGUGGAGUACAACAUCUUCGAGGGCAUGGAAGUGCGUGGAGCUCCGCUGGUGGUCAUUAGCCAGGGAAAGAUCGUACUAGAGGACGGAACCCUGCACACCACUGAGGGCUCAGGACGCUACGUGACCCGAAAACCGUUCCCUGAUUACGUCUACAAGAGGAUAAAAGCCCGCAGCAGGCUUGCUGAGUUGAGGGGCGUUCCUCGUGGCCUGUACGACGGGCCGGUGUGUGAGGUCACCGUCACUCCCAAGGCUGUUACCCCUGCUUCUUCAGCCAAAACAUCUCCGGCCAAGCAGCAAGGACAGCCUGUCAGGAACCUGCACCAGUCUGGAUUCAGCCUCUCUGGUGCUCAGGUUGACGAUAACGUUCCCCGUCGCAGCACUCAGCGCAUCGUGGCACCCCCUGGUGGCAGGGCUAACAUCACCAGCCUGGGUUAGAGCUCUCGGCUCCCUGCAGGAGAUCAGGGGGUUGGGGGGUGUUUACAAGUGGAGGUGUUUCCGAUACCAACGCUAGGUCCAGAGUCGAGACUCUCCACUCCCGAAACCCACUAACCCUCCUUUAAUCUCAUAGUCCCCUACUUUUACCCUGUUUUCCCUCCUUGCCCCAAACCCUAAACCCUCUCGUUGAGGAGAAAUUUAGCGAAAAAGAAGUAUUUGCCUCAUGUGAAGAUAAAAGGAAAAUAAUUAACACUCCAUAUUUGAGCACCUUGAUUGUAUGAUUUAGCAUUUUUAUACUGUAUUUUUACCUAUCGUGUGUCAUUUUAUAUUUUUUUUCUUUAUUUAACACCUUUUUUUUAUUGGAGGGGUCCAGAUAAUAGGCUAAGCAGUUACUGUUUACCAUUAUAACUUUAUUUAACAAGGUGAGUGGCAUAUAGAGUCCUAGCUUUGAGCACAUCCAGUGGCAUGAAGUUGUUUUUCUGUCAUUGUAGGGUUUUAUAUAAUUUUCUGUAAGCACACAAAGGAUUGUUAAUAUUCAUUGCAUAAUUGGCUAAAUGAAGUUAUAACUUCGCAUAUAACGCAUAUAAACAAUGGCUUUUUGACCAGAAAUUGAAAACAUUCACUUAUUCAUUUGGCAUAAAUUAAAACCUUCAGGACAUCUAAUCAAACUAUGAGCAAAGUUAAACUUGGAGUCCUCUCGAUUUGGCCACAUGAUCUGAAUAAAUAAAAUCCAUAUGAGGAAGCAGCUUUACUGCUUCAGAGUUAGUUCUGUGAUUGGUAGUUGAUGAAUUGUGCACUGUUUAGUCAUUUUAAAGGUGAGGUAUUUGGAAAUUGGCGCCCCGUGUGAGGACAUUUCUGGCUUGUUGUGAUUAAGGGUCAGGAACGCAAAUCAGGAAGAUGCUGAUGGGAAAUUAGGAAAUUAGAGAGGAAUGUCUGAGUUUUUAAAGUUUGCAUUGUUGCAGUUGUUUUAUAUUCAUGUAAAAUGUGGAUUUAUUGGCAUCGUAACUUCUGCCGUUCCUGUAAAGCGAGAUUUCGGGGCCAGAUCUGUCAUCUUGGCUUAUUAUAAUUGUGCUUCGCUUUGCAAUGAAAUUUAGCAGGUUCUGAGUGUUUUUUUAUUUUAAUUUUUUUUUUAUUAUUAUUAUUUUAAAUUUUGCCAUUACAUUCUGUGUUAAUGAAUAUGAUAAUAUGGAUAUGGCAUUUUUACAUCGAUGGAAAUGAAAAUGUAAUAUCUUAUGAUUUAGAUUAACCUAACACUUAGCUUUAUGCCUGUGCCUAAAGUAACAGAAGUGUACUGAUCAUGUUAAGCCUUUUUUUUCUUUUUUCUAAUUUUAUUAAACUUGCUGAUGAAAAAAGAAGGCUAUAGAUGUAGAAUAGCCGAAGUAAACCGAUGCAAAGGUGCCAGAUUUUUCUUCUCAACCCCUUUCCACAAGGGUCUUGUUCGAGAUUCUGUGUCGCAGUGCCAUUACAGGGGUGUCAAUGUCAAUGUUAGUGAUGUAGUGCAAUGGAUGAUCAUUUACAAUAAGGGACUUUCGCCACACUGAAAUACACAUCAACUGACCGGGUUUUCAAAAAAAAAAAAAAAAAAAAAAAAGGAGUUGCUGAAGGGUUGAGCCAUUUUUUUAGCAUGGAUUCCGACCAUAUGGACCGUGUACGAUGCAUACCAUAGUUGUAGUGUUGUGAAAAAGUGUCACGCUGGAUCGAGUGUAUCUUUGUGUAACUCUCUCAUGGGAUCCUGAGGAUCAACAUUUUUUUUUUCUCUCUUUUUUUUUAUACAUCUGUUCUGUUUUUCUCUCAUCUGCAAAAAUCUUGGCUCCUCUGUCGCUCACCUUUUCCUCCCCAUGACUACAUAAACACACACAUGCAUAGAGAUUUGUCUGUUUUAUUACGCCGCCUUCCCAGGAGUGUGAGUCGAAUGCUCUUGGCUGCCAGUUCCUCAAGCUGUUUUAACUCUAUAAGGAAUUUUGAAUAAGAUUGCGAGAGACGUAGCGCUGACAGUCCGGAGUGAAGUAAGCGAGGGGAUUUCCGAAUGGAAGUUAGCGGAGGAUUAGAGGAGCAUGUUAGCAGCGGUUUUUACCUCUCACGGAAUUCGGUGCUGAACGUGGAAAAAGUGUACGGUCCAAACAACAUUUUUUCAGCAUGAGGUCCUCUUUUCUUUGUUGAUGAAAUGGCUUCGGAGGCUUUACUGGGAUCUCGCCAACAUUUUUUCCUUAGCAGUAUCUUUUUUUUUUUGUAUUUCCUUUAUCAGUCCUCAUAUUUCAUUUAACUAAUGAUGUCUGUUUUCCUCUGUGACUUCCCUCCUUCCUGCAUUCAUGUGUUAUCCGGCGUUACUAUGACUACGGCUCAGUGUUUGUCAUGGCAACACACUCUGAUACGUCGGAAGUUGCCCGUAGCAACCCUUCCAGACACGGUGCUAUAAAAACAACAUUGACUCAUUUGGACCGUCGUCUUUUUUUUUUUUUUUUUUAAAGCUGUUCCAUGCUGUAAGAUAAAACACAUGUUUGUUUCUGUCUCUGUUCAACUGGAAAUGGUUCAACAUGUCGUCAUGCAUAACGCUUUCUCAUCUUCGGUGACAUGAUGUUCUCCACUUGUCUGGGGGUUGCAUGUUCUCGAAGGUUCUGUGUGUGGUGCAGAUCCAGAGAUGGAUAGAUCUAUACAACACCACACUCCCAAAAAAAAAAAAAAAGAA